AUGAGUCAAAUGAUUGUUAAGGCUAAAUGUAAUGUUGCUUCUCACUCUUCUUUAAAACUAUCUUUCAUGGAAGGAGAUAGUAUUAAAGUAGUUGAUAGAAUGUCAAAUGGAUUGUGGAAAGGAACAUUAAACAAUCAAACAGGGUUAUUUCAUAUCUCUACUGUAAGCAUUCCAGUUAUUGAGACAGUUGUAAUGAAUUAUGACUUUUCAACAGGAGACUCUACUUGUAUGAAAACUAAAGCAGGAGAAGUUUUAAAAGUAAUAGAAAAGAAUGUACGUAUUGGAUGGUUAUAUUGUCAAAGAGGAUUUGAAACUGGGUAUAUUCCACAAAACUUUACUUCAUUAUAUAAAGAAGAAACUAAAGAAGUUUCUCAAACUGUUCCAGAAAAACCAAAAAUACUUCCUUGUCGUGCAACAGUAAAACAAUUAUAUCAACCACAUUCAGACAAAGAAAUCAAUUUAAUUACUGGAGAUGAAAUCGAAGUGAUGAGUUGUGAAGGAGGAUGGUGGUAUGGUAGGAGUGGAUGUUCAAUGGGAUAUUUUCCAGGAGAAUAUGUAGAAGUGUCUGGCACAAUAAAUAAAGAAGUAAAACAAGAGGCAGUUGUUUUAUUUGAUUAUGUAUCAAAAGGAGAGUAUCAAUUAUCAGCAGAAGUUGGCGAUAUUUUUUAUGUAGAAAAAAUAAUUGGAAGUUGGGCUAUAGUAAUUGUUGAUCAAGAAAGGUUCAUUUUUCCAUCAAGUUUUAUUUGCUUAUUAAGCGAGUCUGAUAAAAAAAUUAAACAAGAAACUGCUAUUACUUUGGAUGAUUUUUGUGGGGGUUCUAUGGGUCUUCUUGCUGUUAGACAAAGUGAAUUAUUGAUAGUAUUAUCUAAUGAAGCUAAUGGUAUGUCGAAGUGUUUUAAAGGAGAACAAAGUGGAUUAGUUCCUACAAGUAACUUAAUGACUAUUAAAGAUGGUCAAGACUAUGUCAUUGUGGAGAAAACAUUCCAAGCUCGUAAUCAAAAUGAAAUGACUAUUAUUGCAAAUCAGGCUUGGAUUGUUAUGAAAAUAGUUGAUGAAAAUUGGAUAAUUGGUAAGAGAAGUGGUGUUGAAGGCUUUGUACCAAGAAGCUUUGUAAAGAUACAAAAAUUCGUGAAGCCAUACAGAAAGGAGUACACUGAGGGUAUUACUCAUUUCAAAAAUCAAACUGCUGCCCGUAAGACUGGAGACGCUCAAUUACCAGUUGAUCAACCUAAUUUCUUUAAAAAAGAAAAUAAAGCAAGUAAAAAAGGAUUCUUCACACAAAGAAGAAGAAAAGCAAAGCCAGAAGUUGAUAAUACUAAACAUGUUUAUGAAGAAAAGAAACAAAACAUUAUGAGAGAGUCUAUGAAUCCAAAAAGAAGUUUCUUCAAGAAAUCAAUAAAGCCUAUGAUUGUUCAACAAGAACACACUGAAGAAAAACUACAAAACCAAGAAGGGCAUAACGAAAAAACAGUAGAGAGUCAAGUUAAAGAAGUCCAACCUGUUAUUGAAUCUAAUCAACAAUUAAACGAAACAACUAAACAAGAAGAACAACCAAAACAAGAAAUCCCACAAAGAGAUGAAGAAAAGGUACAAGAAGUUGUACAACAAACUCCUUCUAUUACCCAAGAAUCAUUAGAAGAACUAACUCAACACUCAGAAGAAGAAGUUAAACAAGAAGAACCUAAACAAGAAGAACCUAAACAAGAAGAACCUAAACAAGAAGAACCUAAACAAGAAGAAAUUAAACAAGAAGAAAUUAAACAAGACGAAGAACAACCAAAAGAGGAAUCUCAACAAAGCAAUACAGAGCUUACUCAAGAAACUCCUAAACAACAAGAGGAAACUCCGCUCGUUGAAAAAGUCAAACAAGAAGAAAAACAACCAAAAGAAGAAGAGAAUCAACAAAGUGAUAUUGAGAAUAUUCAAGAGGUUGUACAACAAACAGUUCCUAUUACUCAGAAACCGUUAGAUCAAGAACAAGAAGAACUUAAACAAGAAACACAACUACAAGAUGAGUGUAAAAAUGGAAACACAAAUUUAGAAUCCUAUUCAAUUAAACAAGAAAAUAAUAACGAUGAAAUCAUACAAAAAACAAAUGAAACAUAUGAUGAUGAUUAUGUUGAUGAAGAAAAAGAAAAGGCAUUUGAAGAGAUAGAAGAAUUGAAAUUAGAGUUAGAUAAGAUGAGAAGAGAACGUGACUUCUUACAACAAACAUUAGAUGAAGAGAAAGCUGAAGUCCAACAAAUUAGAGAACAACACGAUAAGGAUAUUGUCUUAGUUGCUUCUCUUCAACAAACCAUCCAACAACAACAAAACCAAAUUAAUGAAUUAACAAGAAAGAAAGAAGAAACUUCAAAAGAAGAUAUGGAAAAAAUCCCUCCGACACUAGAAGAAGAUGAAGUUAUCACUACAUUAAAGGUUCGUGUUACUGAGUUAGAACAACAAGUUGCAAUAGAAAAAAAAGCACGUUUAGAAGGUGCUGAAGUUAUAAAGAUGAUGAAGGCAUCACAAAGUGGAGGAGUAAGUCAGGUAGAACUUGAUGACUUCAAAUCAGAAAUAGAAGAACGGGUUAAAGGAUUACAAAGUAGAUUAAAGAUUUUAACUGCUGAAAACGAAAAAUUAAGAAAAGCAGGUGCUGGUGCACGAUUAGAAAGAAUUAAAGCAGAAGCUGAUGACAAGAUGGCUAAGUAUAAAGAUGAAAUUACUAUUAUGAAAAGAAAGUUGAAUUUGCUUAUCAAAUCCAUAGAAACAAAAUGA